UGUCAGGGAAGGUGUGCAUAAAGAAGGUGCUUCUUAGUAAUUGUCUGCAGGAACUGAUGGAAUUGCACCAGGAAAGUGAGGAAGAGGUUACGGAUACUGAACAAGCUGAGAACUGGUUUUCUUUGACCUCUGCCCAAAGAAUAUGUGAGAUGUUUCUUGCUCUGGAUAAAGAUAUUAAUGGGACAUUGAGCAAGCAGGAGCUUCGAGAAUAUGCUGAUGGCACAUUGACUGAAAUAUUUAUUGAGCGAGGUGAGACAAUAAAGUUUUGUUCUCGCUUUUUCCUUCUCUUCACACAGUCAAAAAGUUAGUAGUUGUACUUUUUA